AUGGACAGCUACCUACGAGCCUGGCGCGAGGAUGCGCUCAAUAAACACCAAUAUGAUUCCGCCAUCUUUGUAGGAGACAAACUGUUGGCCAUAACAAACUCCGACUCGGACGCUUUCGCACUCGCGCAAACCCACUUCGCUGCUGGAAACUACACACGCGCUCUGGCUUUUGUCUCAAGAUCAGACUUGACAGCGCGAUCGCCCGCAUCGCGCUAWCUCGCAGCACAUUGUUACGUCAAACAGGGUCGACACGAGGAUGCUCUGGCUCUGCUGGGAGAGAAGAACCCGCUCCACCUGGUCACGUCCUCAGAUCCUACCCGGCGCAAGCUGCAGCAUGUCAGCAAUGGAUUGUCCGUUAAGCAGCACGGCAAAUCGCGAAUUCCAAAUCAAACCGACAGAAUAGAYCGGAGUGAGGAGAGAGACCGAGAGUCCCCAGACAGCCUCAAAUAUGAAGCCGGAAUGUGCUACCUAAGAGGACUGUGUUUUGCCAAACAGAAUGCCUUUGAUCGUGCAAAAGAGUGCUACAAAGACGCGGUGCGGAUAGACGUGCAGUGUUUCGAGGCAUUUGAUCAGCUGGUAAAGAACUCUUUGAUGAGCCCGGGCGAGGAAUGGGACUUCUUGGACAGCCUCAGCUUCGACAGCAUACGUACCGACCCAGCGGAAGCCUCCGUUCGUUCAGAAGCAGCAGACUUUACGCGGAAUCUCUAUUCGACACGACUGUCAAAAUAUGCCCGACCGGAAGUCUUCAACACUGCAAUUGAGACCUUGUCUACACACUACCAGCUCGGUAAGAACGCUGAUAUCCUGCUGUCCAAGGCUGAAUUGCUCUUCACGAGCUCCCGGUUCCAGGAUGCGGUGGGUCUUACAACACAGAUCCUGAGUGUGGACCCGUACAACUUUGCAUGCGUACCUCUUCACCUAGCACUCCUUGCUCAGCUUGGCCACACACACGCGCUAUUCUCCCUCUCACAUGACCUGGCCGACACUCAUCCCGGAGAGCCAUGCACAUGGCUUGCCGUUGGUACCUACUAUCUCUCCAUGAACCGCAUCCCAGAGGCGAGAUCCUACUUUUCCAAGGCKAGUUUAAUGGACCCUCAUUUUGGUGCAGCUUGGAUUGGUUUUGCACAUACAUUUGCUGCCGAGGGCGAGAGUGAUCAGGCGAUUGCGGCAUACAGCAYGGCGGCACGUCUUUUCCAAGGAACGCAUCUACCUCAGCUCUUCCUCGGUAUGCAAGAGAUCGCACUGGGAAACCUCACAAUCGCCCGAGAGUACUUGACUGCGGCCUGGGCUCUUUGUGACCGUGACCCUCUUCUCAUCAACGAAAUAGGAGUCGUUGCAUAUCUGGAGGAGAACUUCGAGAGUGCAGUGCGGCACUUUGAGCUUGCGCUUCACAUAGCAGAGGACAAUGGAGCUCCGCCACACCAGUACAGCAGCACUCGUCUCAACUUGGCACAUGCACUUCGAAAAAGUGAAGACUUCCAAGGCGCGCUCGAUCAGUUCGAUGAAGUCAUCAGGUUGGGCCUACGAGAUGCAGGCGUGUUUGGGUCGAAAGGUCUUGUCCUUUUGGAACUGGAUCAACCUUUCGAAGCCACCAUCGCCCUUCAUGAGGCUCUUGCGCUCAGUCCACAAGACCCCAUUGCGAGCGAUUUACUGGCCAAAGCUCUUUCCCAAUUGGAAGAUGUGGGAGUUCUUGGAGGUGCAGACGAACACGAUCUGGACCUGGGCCUGCAGAGCAAACUUGCACAAGUUCGAAGAACCCGCGGCGCUCCUGGCGCCCGAAGGAGAAGGGCAAUUCGGCAGCUUGACGAUAGUAUGGACUUGGACGGCGGAUCGAGUAUGCGGAAAGGACAGCUGGGGUUACCUUAG